AUGCGCAGAGUCGUGGUUACAGGUUUAGGGGCCGUGACGCCUCUGGGGGUAGGUAUCCGACGAACAUGGAAAAGACUCAUUGAGGGAGAUUGUGGCAUUGAGAAGAUACCCUCAUUCGGAGAGCGUUUCGCUGCAUUGUCUAGUCAAGUUGCAGGAUUGGUUCCUGUGGAUGAAAAAACAGAGGGAGCUUGGAAAGCCUCGGAUUUGCUCAAGCAGUCUGAUAUCGCCAGGGCUGCCAAGUACGCUCAGUAUGGACUUGCUGCGGCGGAGGAGGCAUUGACUGAUGCUGGCUGGAGGCCAACGAAAGAAGAGGAUCUUGAAGCUACAGGCGUAUGUCUUGGUUCUGGAAUAGGUAACCUUGAAGAACUGUUCGAGACAUCGGUUGCCUUCAGGAAAGGGAAAACCCGCAAAAUCCACCCUCAUUUCAUCCCACGUCUUCUCAUCAAUCUCGGCGCUGGCCACAUAUCCAUGCGAUAUGGCUUCAAAGGCCCAAACCACACCGCCACAACAGCCUGCACCACCGGCGCCCACUCCAUCGGCGACGCCAGCCGCUUCAUCGCCCACGGCGACGCCUCCGUCAUGGUAGCCGGCGGCGCCGAAGCCUGCAUCCACCCCCUCGCCAUUGGUGGCUUCUGCCGCUCCCGUAGCCUCGCCACCGCCUUCAACGACAAGCCCCACAGCGCCUCUCGACCCUUUGAUCGCGACCGCGCCGGUUUCGUCAUCGGCGAGGGCGCAGGGGUCGUGAUUCUCGAAGAACUGAACCAUGCACGUGACCGCGGCGCAGAGAUCUACGCCGAAGUUGUAGGCUACGGCACGAGUGCGGAUGCGCAUCACGUGACUGCACCGCUGCCGGAUGGCGGGGGGGCGUUGAGGGCCAUGAAGAUGGCGCUGAGGCAUGCGGGUGCGAAGCCGGAGGACGUGGACUACAUCAAUGCGCACGCGACGUCGACGAAGCUGGGCGAUCUGGCAGAGAAUAAAGCGAUCGAAGCUUUGAUGGCCGAAAGCGGGAAAGCUGACAGCCAUGUCAACGUGUCAUCGACAAAAGGAGCAUUAGGACAUCUUCUCGGGGCAGCAGGCGCGGUGGAGGCCAUGUUCACGGUGCUGGCCAUUAAGGAGGCGCAAGGCCUGGCUGAGAAUCUUACUAAUUACACAUGGGUCGGCUUCCAGGGCAUCCUCCCACCCACCCUAAACCUAGACAACCAAACCGAGGACUUCAAAUUCAACUACGUACCCCACAAAGCACAGCAGCGGAAGGUGCAAGUGGCAUUGUCGAACAGCUUCGGGUUCGGAGGCACAAAUGCCAGUUUGUGCUUUAGGGCAUUGAGUUGA